AUGGCCUCUGGGGGGUCGGCCGCACUCGACGCGUACGACGAGGAGGCCGCCGUCCGCCGGCCCCUCGAGCUCGACGCCCGUGACGCCGCCGCCUCGUCCUCCGACCACCACCGGCCCGGUGGGAAUGUCAUGCCUAGGUAUCAAGUGGGGACGAAGGGUGAUACAAGUAGCCACUCUGAGGAGCAGAGGCAGCCUAGCACAGAUGAUGUGCGCAAGAACAAGCCCGGGUCGAGAUACUUCACGGCGUUUGGGGUGGAUCUGUCCCCUGAUAAUAUGGCGGUUGCCAUUGUAUAUUUUGUGCAAGGGGUUUUAGGUCUUGCACGGCUUGCUAUGAGCUUUUACUUAAAAGAUGAUCUUCAUCUAGAUCCAGCUGAGACUGCAGUGGUAACUGGUUUCUCGUCUUUGCCAUGGUUGAUCAAGCCCCUCUAUGGCUUUAUCAGUGAUUCCAUUCCACUCUUUGGAUAUCGAAGAAGGUCGUACCUUUUUCUGUCAGGGUUACUUGGAGCACUUUCAUGGAGUUUAAUGGCCACAGUAGUGAGCAGUAAAUACAGUGCAGCAUCCUCUAUUCUUCUUGGCUCACUUUCUGUUGCCUUCUCAGAUGUUGUAGUGGAUUCUAUGGUUGUUGAGAGAGCCCGUGGAGAAUCUCAAAGUACAUCUGGAUCACUCCAGUCGCUCUGUUGGGGAUCUUCUGCCUUUGGAGGUAUUGUGAGUGCUUACUUUAGCGGUUCGCUUGUGGAUACUUAUGGAGUAAGAUUUGUCUUUGGUGUUACAGCGUUUUUACCCCUGAUGACAUCUGCUGUUGCAGUUCUUGUAAAUGAACAUCGAUAUCUUCUGGAGAACAUAAUACCUUACUCUCUGGUUCAGGAUUCGUUGAGAGCUCUAAGCAGCACCACAAAUAAGCUUGGAUUCACUCCAGAGUUUCUAGGGCGCGUGAAGCUUGUAACCUCUUUUGCAUCCCUGCUCGGUGUUGGGCUCUACAACUAUUUUCUGAAGGAAGUUCCUCUAAGGAAAAUCUUUCUCGUGACAACCAUUAUAGGUUCAGCUCUUGGGAUGACACAGGUGCUUCUUGUAACUGGGCUAAAUCGGCAGUUUGGGAUUAGCGAUGAGUGGUUUUCUAUUGGUGAUUCAUUAAUCAUCACAGUCCUGGGUCAGGCUUCAUUUAUGCCAGUCUUGGUGUUAGCUGCAAAAUUGUGCCCUCCAGGAAUGGAAGCCACUUUAUUUGCAACUUUGAUGUCCAUUUCUAAUGCUGGAAGUGUUACGGGUGGUCUGGUUGGUGCUGGUCUAACUCGGAUAUUUGGGGUCACUAGGGACACCUUUGGGAAUCUACCUCUAUUGAUUGUCGUCUGCAAUCUUAGUUCACUGCUGCCCUUACCUCUUUUGGGUCUCCUGCCAGAGGAAUCAGGUGACACGGAUAAUGGAGAAACAAAGAAUAACUGA